AUGGCGAAUUCGCAGAACAACAACGCCUUGAUACUGUUGAUGCUGAUUUUUAUUCUCCUUGUUGUCGCACUGAGACAAGGUAUGGGUCUGAUUCGCUAUUCUAUUCCGGAGGAAAUGGAAUAUGGCUCUUCUGUUGGGAAUAUUGCUGAAAAUUUAGGUCUAAGCAUACGAGAGUUAUCAGCACGAAAAUGUCGUUUCGUCUCAGCUGACGGAAGCCGGCAUUUAGAGGUAAAUUUAGAGACCGGUCUCCUGUUUGUUAGCGGUCGGAUAGACAGAGAACAGCUUUGUGCACAGAGCCCUACUUGCAAUAUUGCCUUUCAGAUAAUUCUAGAAAACCCUCUCGAAAUGUACCGCGGGGAAGUGGACAUUCUCGAUAUAAAUGAUAAUUCGCCCUCUUUCCUAGAAAACGGCAUUGUCUUGCAAAUGGCUGAAUCUGUUGCACCGGGUACCCGCUUCCCACUAGAGAGCGCACUUGAUCCAGAUGUGGGAUCAAACACCGUCAAUACUUAUAUACUGAGUCCGAACGAGAACUUUGGUUUGAAGAUGCACGUCAGGAAGAAUAUUGUUACAAACGCAGAGUUGCUGUUGCAGAAAUCAUUGGACCGUGAAAAAGAAGCAGCUAUCCAACUUGUAUUGACGGCCAUUGACGGCGGCAAGCCCCCGAGGUCAGGGACAACUCAAAUCACCAUCCGCGUACUAGACAACAACGAUAAUGCACCUGUGUUCGAUAAUGAUGUAUAUACGGCGAAACUGGAAGAAAACGCACCUUUGGGAACAUUGGUGACGAAAAUCAGUGCUGUUGAUCUGGAUCAAGGUACUAAUGGUGAGCUGAAAUACUCUUUCGUUAAUCUCCCAGGGAGAGUGCGUGAAUUAUUCAGUUUGAAUCCUGAAACUGGUGAGUUGAAAGUUCAGGAACGGCUGGACUUUGAGGAUAAGAAAUGCUACGAACUCGAUGUGCAAGCCUUAGAUAAUGGUUCACCAGCACUUAUAGGACGUUCCAAAGUGCUGAUCGAUUUGAUUGAUAUGAAUGAUAAUGCUCCGGAGAUAACAGUGAUAUCCCUGUCUGGCAAAGUCCACGAAGAUGCCCUGCCCGGGACAGUGGUUGCACUGUUGGACGUAACGGAUCGUGAUUCAGGAGUAAACGGACAAGUUCACUGUGAGAUUCCACUGGGACUUCCGUUUAAAAUUGAGUCCUCCCAGAAAGACCAUUUCAAGGUGGUCACCACUCGCCUACUGGAUCGGGAAACCACCCCAAUGUAUAAGAUAUCUGUCACAGCCUGGGACUCCGGGCUUCCUCCGCUAUCAAGAAAUCAAACAAUCCAGUUAUCUGUCUCUGAUGUAAAUGACAACACACCACGAUUUUCCCAAUCAUCCUACGCUGUCUAUGUGAUGGAAAAUAAUGCUCCGGGUAUUUCCAUUUUCACAGUUACUGCGUUCGAUCCGGAUCUGGACCAGAACUCCUAUAUUUCUUAUUCCUUAAAGGAAAUUUCGCAGGAUUCACUGAUGCCCACAUACUUCAGCAUUUCCCCGAUGAACGGCACAAUUUACGCAUUGCGCUCCUUUGACUACGAGAUGGUCAAAAGCAUUCAGAUCCAUGUUCAAGCCCGUGACGCUGGAGUGCCUCCACUGAGCAGCAGCGCUACGGUGAGUGUGAUCAUCCUGGAUCAAAAUGACAACGCUCCUGUAAUUGUUUCACCUUCAGUAGAGAGUGGAUCGGGAAGCGUGGAGAUCCUGCCCCAGAUAGCGGGUCAGGGCUACUUGGUCACCAAAAUCAUAGCAAUUGAUGCAGAUUCUGGUCAGAAUGCUCGGCUGUCUUACCAGAUAGUUCAGGCAACCGAUCUCACUCUCUUCAGCGUGGGGCGGAACUCCGGGGAAAUCAGAACAACGAGAAGUAUUUUAGAGCUGGACGAUGCAUCGCAGAGUAUUGUCAUCUUAGUGAGGGAUAAUGGACAGCCGAGCAUGUCCACUACAACCACAAUCUCCUUGUCGAUUUUGGGCAAUGUUACUGAGAAUUUGUCUGAAAGGAGGGAUUUUCAUAGUAAUCCUGGUUAUGUUUCGGAUGUGAAUCUUUAUUUACUUGUAACCUUCGGAUCAACAUCGGUUUUGUUUCUUCUGAUAAUCGUUUUCUUGGUUUUAUUAAAGUGUAAGCAAGAUAGUGGCAUUGUCCGAGGUUUCGGUUGCCCAAUAUGUUGUUCCAGGCCGAGAAAUUCGAAGGAAGCUUUUACUCGGGGCGAUGCACCAAGAGAUUCGUCAAAUGGUACUAGAACUGGUCAGAUGGCAUCCUUCCCUGAGAAUUAUCAUUACUCGGUGUGUUUGACACCGGAAUCAUCCAAGAGUGAAUUUCUUUUCCUGAAACCCUACAAUCUAAACUUUACUCAAGAAAUUCGUGCUUCUGGAAAAGAAGGCGGCCUCACAACAAUGGCGAAUGUACAGGGUAAGAAAGCCUUGCAGUCCCUGGGAUUGCUUUUUAUUGUUAUUAUUUGUGCAUUCAAUAUGGUUUUCGGACAGAUUCGCUAUUCGAUUCCCGAAGAAAUGGAGCGGGGAUCAAUCAUUGGAAACAUUGCUGAAGAUUUGGGAUUAAAGGCUGGAACAUUGCUUGCUCGUAGAGGACGGCUUGUCUCCGGUCGCAUUAAACCAUAUGCGGAAUUAAAUUUUCAGAGUGGGGUUUUAUUUGUCAAUGAGAGAAUGGACAGAGAAAAAAUUUGUGGAUCGAUAUCUACCUGCAUUCUUCCUUUCCAAAUUGUGAUUGAAAAUUCCCCAGAAAUGUACCGCGGUGAAUUGGAGAUUGUUGAUAUAAAUGAUAAUUCGCCCAUUUUCCCGCAAAGCACCAUUGCCUUGCAGAUUGCUGAAAUUAUUGCACUCGGCUCUCGUUUUCCGCUGGAGAGCGCUCUCGAUCUGGACGUGGGGACAAAUGCAGUCACUUCGUACGUGAUCAGCCCUAAUGAACACUUCAGUCUGAAAGUGGAGAACGCAGAAGAAGGCAUUAAAAUUGCAGAGCUAUUGUUGGAGAAAUCCCUGGACCGCGAGAGGCAGGCAUCUUUUCAGCUGGUGUUGACGGCCGUUGACGGAGGAAAGCCACGGAAAUCUGGGACAACUCAGGUUGUAAUUACUGUGCUGGACAGCAACGAUAACGCGCCGAUUUUCGAUCGGAAGAUAUACAAAGCCAGCCUGGCAGAAAACACGUCUAAGGGAUCCCCAGUGGUUACCGUGCACGCUUCGGAUGCAGAUGAAGGCUUAAACGCAGAGGUAACUUACUCUUUCAGCAAUCGUGUCCCAAGGAAAGUGCAGGAAUUGUUCAGUUUGGAUCCCCUGACGGGAGAAAUUAGAGUCUUAGGAGAUCUGGACUUCGAAGAGGCAAACAGUUACACAGUGGAUGUUCAGGCUGUGGACAGAGGUUCACCAGCCAUUGCAGGGCAUUCUAAAGUUCUAAUCAGGAUUGCUGAUGUCAAUGAUAACGACCCGGAAAUAGAAGUAAACCUGGUGACUACAAAGGUCACAGAGACUGCAGGGCGCGGGACAGUAAUCGCAAUGAUCAAUGUGCAUGAUCGAGAUUCUGGGGUGAACGGAGAAGUUCACUGCAAGAUUCCACCACGUAUUCCGUUUAAGUUGCAGGCAUCAUCGAGCGAUCAUUAUAAACUAAUUACCAUUGACUUGUUAGAUCGGGAAAAUACAGCACUCUAUAAUAUUGCUGUUUUCGCCUGGGACUCGGGAUCUCCUCCUCGAUCGACGAACAAAACUAUCCAGAUAUGGGUUUCUGAUGUCAAUGACAACGCCCCGAGGUUCGCACAGUCUUCUUACACAGUUUAUGUGAUGGAGAACAACGCUCCUGGUGCGUUUAUUUACGCAGCAGCUGCUGUCGAUCCUGAUUUGGAUCAGAAUUCUUAUGUUUCUUACUCGUUUGUAGAGAGCCUUAUCCAGGACUUACCAGUAUCCAGAUAUCUCAACAUUAAUUCUGUGAAUGGUACCAUUUAUGCGCUGUGCUCUUUUGAUUAUGAGAAUAUCAAAACGUUCCAGGUCUACGUUCAAGCUCGGGACGCCGGAGUGCCCCCACUGAGCAGCACCGCUACGAUGAAUGUGAUCAUCCUGGAUCAAAAUGACAACGCUCCAGUAAUUGUUUCACCUUCAGCAGAGAGUGGAUUAGCAGCUGUGGAGUUCGUGCCGCAUUCAGUGGGUCAGGGGUACUUGGUCACCAAGAUAAUGGCAACUGACGCAGAUUCUGGUCAGAACGCGCGGCUGUCCUAUCAGGUGCAGAGACCCACUGAAUCUAGUUUAUUCAAUAUUGGGCAAAGCUCGGGCGAAAUUAGAACAGCUCGUAAUAUUUUGGAGUCUGAUGCCACUACACAAACUCUAGUAAUUGUGGUGAAGGAUAAUGGGCAGCCAAGCCUUUCCUGCACGAUUACAAUUCUCCUUACAGUUACGGACAACAUCACUGAAAGAAGCAUUGAAAACAGUAAUUUUGUAGUGAUGCCCGAAGAUUUCUCUGACCUGAAUCUUUACUUAAUUGUCAUUUUCGGCUGCACUUCUGCUCUCUUUCUUGUCACCAUCAUUCUCCUGAUUGGCAUCAAAUGUAACAUGAACAGAAACGUCAGCCAAGACUACAAUUCACCCAGUUGUUGCUACAGCCUUAAAAAUUCUAACGACAACUUUCACCUAAGACCUCAAGUGAAGGAAUCAUUAAAUGACAAUCGAACAAAUUCGAUGGUUUACGUAACGGAAGACCAUCAUUAUUCUGUUUGUUUAUCUCCAGAGUCAGCGAAAACCGAUUUCCUGUUUCUGAGGCCGUGCAGCCUGCCUGUAUCUCAGGCCCAAUGUCAAUCUAUAAAUAUCGGAUAACAACGCCACUUCUAAGUCUCUUUAAAACCAAGAAGUUGGACCAAUGGGAAUAAAUAAUUAAAGAGAACCCGAAACAAAGUCCAUUGUUUAUGAGGCGAAAGAACCGUAUUUUAAUAUAAAUAUUGAUUGCAAAAUGCAACAUUUUCACAAUAUUUAAUCCAGACAUUUGUUAACUGUUAUAAAUAUUCGACGAUGAAUUAUUGACUCACACUCUCAUGUCUUUUGUUGUUAUGUCAAUUGCACCAAGCUUGGUGGUCCCAUAAAAGUCGUUACUCUUCAAUGUAUAUUAAUGAGAUUAUAAAUAAGUAGUAUUCAAAAACAAAGCGUUUUGUAAGAAGUGCAUAACCCAAAAUAAUACUCCGUAUUUAUUCAAGAGCCGAACCAUGACAGAAAGGCGUUGCAGAUUUGUUGGGCAGAAUGGCCCAAUUCUGCUCCUAUGACUUACAUAUUAUUGUUUAAACCUAUCGUUCCUCUGACGAUAAUGGGAAUAGAAAACGGACAAGUGAAAAGUACACGAGCCACAUCAAAUUAUAAGCUGUGAUAACGGUUAUGAUGAUAUGUUAAGCCGAAAAACGUGACAAGUAAAGCGGGAGUAUUAUGAAAAAAGGCAGAUGAAGUAAGACGCCCAGUUAUUAACCAUAUGGAUAUAAAUAUCCGAACAUCAGAGGGAGAGUGGGGCUGAUUAGAUGAAAUAAAUGAUGUCAGCAUAGAAGGUGAAGAUACAGCAGGAGUAUUAAAUAAAUGAUUGGAUUAUGUUUAUACAGUCUGUUAGGAUUCAAAACUUGAACCACAACCAUAUGUCCUAACGAAUUCCCCGGAUUCACCACCCACUAGUUAUAGAACUCUCUCCUCAUCUGUGCUCGAUAGGGACGACCCUGAAUUCUGAGCCUGUGUCUCCUUAUCCUUGAUUUCCCCACUACAAGAAACAACUCUAUCUAGGCCGUUUAAUAUUCUAAAUUGAGUAAUCAGACAGAGAACAAGAGAAUCAUUAUUACAAUUGACAGACGGGGAGACUGAGAUAAAGCUUGUUAAUAGCAAAACUCUUGCCUGGAGAAAAUGCAAAUCUAACCAAAAGAAUAAGAGCAAUUGGAGAGAACUAAAGCUCAGUAGAACAGCGAGUUACGGAAUGGGGCCGUAGGGAAAAUCUGAAAUGAAGGGAAAUGCUGUUUUUUCUGUGAAUGGGAGAAAUGGCGUUCUGACCUUAUGGUGGACGAUACAAAAAUAGGUGGACGAGCGGCUAGUGUUGUGAACCAUGCAGUCUGCAGAAGAACUAGACAGCUGACGAGAAAGGGUAAAGAAGCAGCAGAUGGAAUAUAGUGCAGUGAAGAGUGUGAUCUUGCACUUUGUUUGAAGGAAUAAAGGCAUAGACUAUUUUACAACCGGGUCGAACAUUUAGAAAUCAGACGUGCAAAGGAACUUGGGAGUUCUCGUGCAGGACUUCUUAAAGGAUAACUUGCAGUUUAAGUCGUUGGUAAAGAUACAAAAGUAAUAUUAACAUUCAUUUCAAGAGAAUUCGAUAGAACAGCAAAAAUGUAAUACUGAGGCAUUAUGAAUUAUUUUUCAUCUAUCACUUGGGAGUAUUGUGAGCAGAUUUGCGUCCCUCCUUUUCGAAGGUUCAUUUACAGCAGCUUGUAAACAAAGUAUUCAAUUACGCAGUAAUCCAUCGAUACUUUUUCUUUCACUCUUCAGCUGAGGAUAAAAUAACUUCUCUGGCACCAAACUUGAAGUGUAACAAUAACGUUCGUUGGGAAUGUCAUUCGGAAUUUCACAGCUGCUAUUGUCCAUGUCAAACUUCCCACUCCAAAUGCAGACUUUGGAAUAGAAUCUAAAGAUUAAUACAAUUUCUCAUAAAUAAGAAACAACGCGGGAAGUAGUAAAAUUAUAUUCGCAAUUAUAUUGGGCUCGCUGUCUAAGAAAAGAACUGUUCUGGCCAAAGGGUCCAGGACCAGAAGACACAGCCUCCGAAUAGAAGGCGGCCCUUUUUAAAAUAGAUGAAGAAGUACUCAGGCGGACAAUAUCAGCAGACUUGUAUUUCUAUAUUGCAUGCUAAAGAACAAAAGCAAAGUGUAGUAUUCGCCAUUAUUUCAGUUGUUCUGAAGUACUGAAGAAGACAAGAGUGACAUUUUGUAGAUAUUUGGGGGAUGUUAGUCUUUUCAAUUAUAAAUUAAUCCAACAAUCCUGAAUAUUUGGUCUUUAUUUUUAGGAUCUACUGUAUACAGUUUCGUGCUCAGUUUUCUCCAGACGCUUUGAAAUACUCAUUAAAAAUAACAAUCUCUGUUUUGUUUCUCCAAACUAAAUAUUUAUCCAACCAUUAGCACCCUUCUCUUUUCCCUGCAAACGCCAAUCUCAUUGCUGACAGAGAGCGCGAAAUAACAUUCUAAAUAUACUAUACAAAACUCGAAGCAUUAGAUAUACGAAUUUACCAUGCAAAUAAAAGUCCUAAACACGAGAAUAAAUUGUGCGCAAAUGUUGUUUGAAUACAAAUUAACAAUGACUUCCAUUGCCCGUUAAUAGCAUUAGAUUACCGAACUAUUCACGCCCGUUCACUUUUCUCCAAAAAAACCUUAUUUAAACACCUUAAGUAAAACACGAAAUUAAUUUUAAAUUUGAUGAUAUCCAUAGCGUCAUGUCUUCGAAACCUCAACUUGCGUACCUGAAAAUUUAUAAUGAAAUACUCAACAAUAUUUACUUUGAAUGAUAAUGAGUUUACAUUUCCUUCAAAAGUAAUAAUUCGUAAAAUAAUAGAAUU